AGCACAUUUGUCGUCGCCCGGUUCGGAACGUCAUUGUGAAUAAUUUUAUUUUGCAUUUCUUCCCUUACUUACCUACUUACUUCCCUACUUGUCCAGUCUCCUACUAUCCUACUAGCAGAUGGAUAUUCAGUCAAUUUAACCCUUCCUACCAUACAAUACCAGACCAUACCGAGCUGAAGUCUAUCUGUAUAUCAUCUCAAUUACAUUUGACGAGUCACAGGUAGUCGAGCUAUGGAGACUACACUACCACUGCCCUUUCUCAUUUCCGUGCCUAUCCCACAUGGCUGGGCCUCAAGUGAGGAGGUAACGGGUUUGAGUCGAGAGGAGGUCUCAUGUUUGGGUUGUGUGUUCUUCGAUGUGACUCAGCAAAAUUUCCAGGAACUUCUCAUUCAGCUCCAACAACUCAACCCCGCUGCGCUUCAUACAUUCUUCGAUGCUACCGGUCUUGAAUCAAAAGACGAUGUAAUCACUUUGCUGGAUCACGGUGCGCGGAAGAUCUUCGUACAACCUGAGAGGCUAUCUGAGUUCGCCGAGUAUGGCCGUCGAGUAGCUCCUGCUGUGAACCAGUUAAAUCACUUACCCUCGGACACACAAUAUGGCCUCUUAAUUAAAGACUUCGACCAGAGAGGGUGUGAUGUAGCUGGCUUUAUGGAGUCUAACAAGGCUACCAAGUUGCCUCCUCUAUACAUCAAGCCUAUUCAAGACACCAUCUAUGAGCAUUUUGUCGAUAUAUGCUCGCAAAUAUCUGCUAUCCCCAUCAUUCCUUCUACGGAAAUGACUGCCAAAAAGGAAGAAGCAGAAAAGAAGCUUUAUGUACCAAAGCUGUUCUCUGCUGCGUGGAAAUCAGAUAGACCAGAUAAGCUUCUUCCCACGGUUGUAUGCGACGAGGGUGGAGUAGCACUUGGAUUGGUGUAUAGUAGCGAAGAAAGCGUUGCAGAGUCCCUCAAGACGAAGACGGGAGUAUAUCAAAGUCGAAAACGAGGGCUCUGGUACAAGGGUGCUACAUCCGGAGACACGCAAGAGCUGGUAAGAAUCUCGAUGGAUUGUGACAACGAUGCAUUAAGGUUCGUCGUGAAGCAGAAGGGAAAGUUCUGCCAUCUUGAUCAGUACGGAUGCUUUGGUAAUCUCAAGGGAAUUCCAAAACUCGAACAGACCUUGAUUUCGAGAAAACAGUCAGCUCCUGAAGGUUCAUACACGAAACGACUAUUCUCAGACGAUAAGCUUCUGCGGGCCAAGAUAAUGGAAGAGGCCGAAGAGCUUUGCAACGCGAAAACUACCGAUGAAGUCGCCUUUGAAGCGGCCGAUCUGAUAUACUUCGCUUUGUCCAAGGCUGUGGGUGCUGGGGUUAGUCUUGCGGACAUCGAAAAGAAUCUUGAUGCCAAGAGUUUGAAGGUUAAGAGAAGACCUGGAAACGCUAAGGGCCAGUGGGCCCAAAAAGAAGGCAUUACAGAUAGUGCGGCAGAGAAAACAAAAGAGGCUUCCAAAGGUGACGCAGCCCCAGAUGCCGAGAGGAUAACCAUGAAGAGAGUAGAUGUCAGCCAGACCAGUGCGGCCGAAGUUUCGGAAGCUCUGAGACGACCGUCUCAGAAAUCGGCCGAUGCUAUCAUGAAUAUUGUUACACCUAUCAUCAACGACAUUCGAAAGGACGGAGAUAAGGCGUUACUCUCCUAUACGCACAAAUUUGAGAAGGCAACUUCUUUAACGUCGCCUGUUCUCAAAGCUCCAUUCCCCCAAUCGCUCAUGAACCUUCCCCCGGAGACUAUCAAGGCUAUCGACGUAUCGUUCGAGAAUAUCCGAAAGUUUCAUGCUGCACAAGAGGAGCAGCCCCUGAAAGUGGAGACCAUGCCAGGUGUGGUGUGCAGCAGAUUCUCCAGACCAAUCGAGCGAGUUGGCUUGUAUGUGCCAGGUGGUACCGCUGUUUUACCCAGCACUGCUCUCAUGUUAGGAGUCCCUGCUAUGGUGGCUGGCUGCAAGAAAAUCGUCAUCGCAUCCCCGCCCCGUGCUGAUGGCAGCAUCACGCCAGAGAUCGUAUAUGUUGCUCAUAAAGUUGGGGCGGAGAGCAUUGUACUAGCCGGUGGUGCGCAAGCGGUUGCAGCCAUGGCAUACGGCACAGAGAGCGUUAGCAAAGUAGACAAAAUUCUUGGGCCCGGGAAUCAAUUUGUGACUGCGGCCAAGAUGUUUGUCAGUAAUGAUACCAACGCUGGUGUGAGCAUCGAUAUGCCGGCCGGCCCAUCCGAAGUGCUGGUGGUGGCAGACAAGGAUGCAAACCCAGCUUUUGUCGCUUCGGAUCUUUUAUCACAAGCCGAGCAUGGUGUAGAUAGCCAGGUCAUCUGCAUUGCGGUUGACCUUGACGAACAGCAGGUGCAAGCAAUCGAAGAUGAAGUUCACAAGCAGGCCAUGGCCCUUCCGCGAGUGGAUAUUGUCCGGGGUGCUAUCAAUCACUCGGUUACAUUCAUCGUCAAGGAUGUAGAAGAGGCGAUGAGGAUCAGCAACGACUAUGCUCCUGAGCACCUGAUCCUGCAAAUAAAAGAUGCGGAGAAGGUUGUAGACCAAGUUAUGAACGCCGGUAGUGUCUUCAUUGGGCAGUGGACACCCGAGAGUGUUGGUGACUACUCGGCUGGUGUAAACCACUCAUUACCUACAUAUGGGUAUGCAAAACAAUACUCGGGAGUAAAUCUGGGCUCGUUCCUCAAGCAUAUCACAAGCUCGAACUUGACAGCCGAGGGUCUACAAAAUGUGGGUGGUGCAGUCAUGCAGCUAGCAAAGGUUGAGGAACUUGAAGCGCACAGAAGGGCCGUGAGCAUCCGCCUGAGCACUCUUAGAGGAGGUGAGGCUUAAGUCCGCAUUGCGUUGCAAGAUGUUACACCUUAUGGAGAGGGGAAUACGAUCACAAGGUCGGAGGGGUUGCAAUGUAAUAGUCACAUGAAAAUGACGUUGCCGCGGUUAACUGGGCGAUAGUCGGGUAUGUCACAGGUGACAAGUUGCAAAAGAAAAUAGUAAAUGACGGUGACGGUGACGUAUGGUAGUAUUAUGUUUCUUAGUUAUGUAAGUAUGGUGCAUAGGUUUGUACAUGUGUUAGGUAAAAGGGGGUGGAGGGGAUUGUUUUCAAUAAAUCAGAUAUACAUAAAUGGUGCCAGCCAAGAUUAUUCAGAUAUCUACUACAUCCUAUGUACUAUGUACUAUUUAUUCCUAUCUACUAGGUAAAGAGAUCUAACAUAUGCAUUCAUGUAGAUUCAGGAUCAUAUAGUUCGUCUUAAAGCUUAGGUAGAGAGAUGGC